CGCACAUGGGCGCGCCGUUCAGCCAAGAUUUCAACGCUUCUCCAACCGCGAACUGAAUUGAUGAAGCACUGCGGAUUGCAGAUUGCCAGAGGGUUCGCAGCGGCUGCGACGACCAAGACCCAGCACUGAGUGACCGGCUACCUCGGCUCCCUCGUGCCCAGCGAUGCCUCCGGCAUUGAAACCCGCAGCACCGUCGCGAAGGCUCCUGAGGUUCCUGCGCGCCCAGUCCGAGAGCCUUGUGUUCGCCGAUUCCGCUUCGCGCCUGCCGAACCGCCGCCAUGCCUGCAUCUGCACCAAGGCGAAGCCAUCGACAAAGCUCGUGAGAACGCCGGCACCACGCCGCAGGCCGGCGCUCCAGGCCGCCUUUCUCCACAUCGAUGCGAUCCUCCCCAAGGCGCUGACGAAGCAGCGCACGGCAGCGGGCAGCAAGAGCCAGGACCUCUCCCCCCCCGGCGGUGCGCCGCGGUAUGCCUCCUCCGCGCAGACGCCCAGGCAGGAUGGCACUAGGUUGACGUGGCAGGAGUGGCUCUUCGGCCCCGACCCGAAGAAGGAGCGGGAACCGCUGAAGGAGGGCGAUAUCAGGGUCCAGCUGGAGGAGGAGUCCGGAUCCAUCUUCCAGCGCAGGUCCCUGACGGCGAAGGCUGCCAUGGACCCGAGGCUGCGGUGUACUGAGGUGGACGGCAACGGCAAUGUUAUUAUGGUAGACGGCGAGCUCAAGAAGAGCGAGCUGAUCGCCAAGUAUGGCCUGCUCCCCCGCGAUCUUCGCAAGAUCGACUCGUCCAAUCUCCCCCAUAUCCUCGUCCGCCCGUCCGCCAUUCUCCUGAACCUGCUCCACUUAAAGGUUCUCAUCAAGCACGACCGCGUCCUGCUCUUCGAUGUCUACGGCUCCACCUCGUCGUACCCCCAGUCCGCCUUCAUGUACGACCUGCAGGGGAAACUGCAGCAGAAACAAACCGCGGGAGCGAACAGCUUGCCCUACGAGUUCCGAGCUCUCGAAGCGGUCUUGAUGUCCGUCACCACGGAACUGGAAGCCGACUUCGAGUCGGUACGGGAACCCGUCAUCCGCAUUCUCAGCGAGCUGGAAGACGACAUCGACCGCGAGAAGCUGAGGAUCCUCCUCGUCCUGUCAAAGAGGGUCAGCACCUUUGAGCAGAAGGCCAAGCUGGUCCGCGACGCCAUCGAAGAGCUGUUGGAGGCCGACGACGACCUCGCCGCCAUGUACCUUACUGAGAAGACGCACGACCUAUUCAGGGGCGAGGACGACCACACCGAGGUCGAGCUUCUUUUGGAGUCGUACAACAAGAUCUGCGACGAAGUGGUCCAGGAAGCGAGCAAUCUCGUGUCGAGCAUCAGGAACACAGAGGAAAUUAUCCGGGCGAUCCUUGAUGCGAACCGGAACUCGCUGAUGUUGCUCGACCUCAAGUUCAGCAUUGGCACGCUCGGCCUGGCCAUGGGCACCUUCCUGGCUGGGCUGUACGGCAUGAAUCUCGAGAACUUCAUCGAGGAGACUAAGUGGGGCUUUGGCACCAUCACUGCCUUCUCGUCCAUCUUCUCUCUCAUGGUCUGCUGGUACGGACUGGUGAAGCUCCGCAAGGUUCAGCGGGUCAAGAUGAACGGCGGCGUCCUGCGCAGCCAGAGCCACUGGCUCCGCGAAGAUGGCACCGACCUCCUGCUGGACCCCAGCAACCGUGAAAGGCUGAGGAGGAUCAACAUGAUGAAGUAUGCCAAACAGGCCCAGACCAGGCGGUGGCCAUUCAGGUAGCCGUUUGACGGUUGUCUGGGUAUCGACCGUGCUUCAAUCCACGGGGCGAACGGAAGAGAAGCAACUUGUAUGGGGCUCCCUGCUACGCAAGGGCAUUGUAAUGGGAUAGACUGGCGUUUACAGGGUCAGGGAGCGUGCGCU